AUGUCUACAAAGCGUAUUAAUAAGGAACUAGCAGAUCUGGGCAGAGAUCCGCCCUCGUCCUGCUCGGCCGGUCCAGUGGGCGACGAUUUGUACCACUGGCAAGCCUCGAUAAUGGGUCCUCCAGAUUCGCCUUAUGCCGGCGGCGUUUUCUUCCUGAAUAUCCAUAUUCCAACAGACUAUCCUUUCAAGCCGCCAAAGGUUACCUUCACUACCAAGAUCUACCACCCUAACAUCAACGGAAACGGCACGAUCUGCCUGGACAUUCUGGGAGACCUGUGGUCCCCAGCGCUGACCAUCUCGAAGGUGCUUUUGUCUAUCUGCUCGCUGCUGACGGAUGCUAAUCCUGACGAUCCAUUGGUUCCAGAGAUUGCACACAUAUACAAGACGGAUAGAUCCAAAUACGAAGCCACGGCCAAGGAAUGGACGAGGAAGUAUGCUAUCUGA